AUGCCUUCUACGAAGCGCAAUUUCGACGCCUUCACCAACAACAAACAGCAGCAGGACUCAAACCCAAAGCGUUUCAAGAGCUGCCCGGAGCCAUAUUCAACUGUUCGCACGUCCUUCGAGUCCAAUACCGGCACAGUGAAGACAGGGUCGACUACCUUGAGUCGUAAACCUUCCGCGAACACUAGCAUCUCUUCCACCUCCACACGCAGUAUCGAGGAAGCCUCGAAGCUUUCACCCGAAGUGCAAAGCUCCCCAACCCUCUCCGAUGUCAAACGGAAUCGUAAGACCAAGACGGACUGGGUGCUGACAUCGUCAAGCCGUUCGCGCGCUGUUUGGAAGGACCUCAUGCCUACCGAGAAAGAUGUCCAAAAGAUUCGGAAUAUCGUGCGCCCAUACCUCUAUCUUGCCGGAAUCAGCACGCAGAACUUCGACGUCAAGAUCCUGAGCGAGGGUAGCUGGAAUCGCGCAUUCACCGUUUCAUCAAAGGACGCAGGUGGAACGCACAUGAGGCUGUUUUUCGAGUCGCGAAGCCAGUAA